GAAGGCGAGAAGGAGAUGGAGGAGAAAGAAAAGGAGAAGGAAAAGAAAAAGGAAAAGAAGAAGGAGAAGGAGGAGAAGGAGGAGAAGGAGGAGGAGAAGGAGGAGAAGGAGGAGAAGGAGGAGGAGAAGGAGGAGAAGAAGGAGAAGGAAAAGGAGGAGAAGGAGAAGGAGGAGAAGGAGAAGGAGAAGGAGGAGGAGAAGGAGAGGGAGGAGGAGGAAACGAAAAAAGAGGCGUCCGGCUCAAGUGAACCUCGGGAAACGGUUCGGGCGUCACCAGAUGCGGCCAGGGAGACGGCCAGUUCUGAAGAGGCCGCGAGUCGAGCAAAGGAGACAAGUAAAGCUGUGAAGAGCCGGAUUGUUGGUUAUGCCCGAGGUUGGCUUGACAGUCUCCAUCUGCCGAAUCACCAGCGCUGCCUCGAGUUGGUGUUGCCCGUGAAGCCGCCGUCCGAUGCUCGAGUGUCCAGGGGCCGGCUGAACAUGUUGCGUCGACUGGCGGAGGCGGCUGGUCGCGAGACGACUCCGUCGUGGGCACAAGCUGAACCCGUGGCCGGGCUCGACGGCACGUCGCGUCAUCUCAGGCCGAGACCGAACUCGAGGCUGGGGCAGCCGAGUGGCGACGGCGACUCGACGGGACCAAGUGAAAACGAUCUCGCCAUCUCGUUGGUAGGGCGAGAAGACGCAAAAGGGGUGCCUGAAGAAGCGGAGCUUCAUCUGAUCGUAGAAAUGUCGGCACCUUUUGACGAUUACACGAGCUCCACGACGGACGCCGGGCCUCAUGACGCUCCUGAAGGCAGGAGGGCGCAAUGGAAAACAGAGCCAGACGAAGGGACCAUUCAGCCUGACGACGAGGCAGUCGUCAGAUGUGCCAUCAUCGUCGGUGACCCCGCAUACAACCAUUCUGGUAUGUGCCGAGGGGAGUCGGGCUACAUGGAGACCCUGAUUGGCCUUAUUUCUUCCAAUUCUGGUCUGCAAUAA